AUUCCCAGGCGCAGCCCUCUCCGGGAGCAAAUAAAAAGUACUUUCCCCCUCCAAGCUGGACGGCCAACUGUUCCUUCUCUGUCCUACUUUUCGCCGGGUUUUUUGCCAUCUCACAUCCACUCAGCAUCUUCUCCAGUCAACUCACCCUCUCCAGACUCAUCCGUGCCCUUCACUCUGCGAGGUGUGAGAAAAUCCCUGCGUCGCAUUUCAAGGAGCUCCAGCCGCAACAAGCCGCAUAACAGCCUCCCACCCUAGUCCGAACGAAUCGCAGAGAACAGACAAUAACCUCGACCGCGCACCUCGUCUCUGUCCCAACUCUACUCGCCUCCCUGCAAGCCAUUCGAUCAGUGCAGUUGUGCAGAUCUCCACCUCUCUAUGCCCAGCUUCACACUGUGACAGCGAACAAAAAUAGAGGACGAGGACGAUUGAUCGACGUUUGUUGCCUACACUCCCCACGUGCGCCCGCCACCUCGCCCACCCAUCACCGCGGACUUCAGCCCGGGAUACACAAGGACGAGGAUACCCCUCGACCUUAGGAAGGGGAACGGAAAAAGAAGUAAAAUUCCUCGGAAAGGUUAGAAAGAAAAAGAGUAUCGUUGAGAUACUCUACAUCCAGACGCUGACUGUUUGGAAACUCUGCUGGCUGCUCCGGAAUCACAGAAAGCCCAGAACCGCCAUCAGCACUACCACCACAGAUCGUGGCAGACGUGCGCUCUCACUCGUUGCCACUUUCGUUUACCCCGCCGCGCUCUUGCACCCACCACUGCCACGACCGCGGACCCGACCUCCCCAUCCCCACCCUCUCGUCCACGUCCACUCCCAGGACGCCCCCGCCGAACAGCCACCCCUCCAGCGAAACAAAUCCUUGAGCUCGCUCCCCCGCCGUCGCUACAUCUCUUUCAAAUCCAGCCGACUCCCGCCAUCCCUCCAUCUACCUACCCAUCAAUCCCAGGCCAUCCAAGUCUAGACACUGGACAGCUGCCCAUCGCACCUCACAAAGCCUCUUCUCGAAUUCCCUCAGCCCGCCCAGUUUUCCGGCUCUCCUCCUCCGCGACAAUCUAGCACAGUAAAGAGCAUUCUUCACCCCUCAAUCCUCUUAACUCUUCCCCCACGCUAGACGAUCAAUUUCCAUUCUUCUACUUGACCGAUCGGCGUGCCUCAACCCUUCGAUCUCUCAAGAAACCCCCAUCCUUCUCGAUCAGGCAGAUCGACCACCUCACAAAAUGGCCGAAUUUAUUAGAGCACAAAUUUUCGGCACGACCUUCGAGAUCACCUCGAGGUACUCGGACUUGCAACCCGUCGGCAUGGGCGCCUUCGGACUCGUUUGCUCCGCCCGUGACCAGCUCACAAACCAGAAUGUCGCCGUAAAGAAAAUCAUGAAGCCCUUCAGCACCCCCGUCCUCGCCAAGCGGACAUACCGCGAGCUCAAGCUGCUGAAGCACCUGAGACACGAGAACGUCAUCUCCCUUAGUGAUAUCUUCAUCUCCCCUCUCGAGGAUAUCUAUUUCGUCACGGAACUUCUCGGUACCGAUCUGCACAGGCUGCUUACCUCUAGGCCUCUCGAGAAGCAGUUCAUUCAGUACUUCCUCUACCAGAUCAUGCGUGGUCUGAAAUACGUCCACUCAGCCGGCGUCGUCCACCGUGACUUGAAGCCUAGCAACAUCCUCGUCAACGAGAACUGCGAUUUGAAGAUUUGCGACUUCGGCCUUGCCCGUAUCCAAGACCCUCAGAUGACCGGUUACGUUUCGACGAGAUACUACCGUGCCCCCGAGAUCAUGCUCACGUGGCAAAAGUACGACGUCGAGGUCGACAUCUGGAGCGCGGGCUGCAUCUUCGCCGAGAUGCUCGAGGGAAAGCCCUUGUUUCCGGGCAAGGAUCAUGUCAAUCAGUUCUCCAUCAUCACGGAGUUGCUGGGCACUCCCCCCGACGAUGUCAUCAACGGCAUUGCUAGCGAAAAUACCCUCCGAUUCGUCAAGUCGCUGCCAAAGCGCGAAAGACAACCCUUGAAGAACAAGUUUAAGAAUGCCGAUCCAUCCGCUAUCGAUCUUCUGGAGAGGAUGCUGGUCUUUGACCCCAAGAAGCGGAUAACGGCCACCGAGGCACUGUCCCACGACUACCUUGCUCCUUACCACGAUCCCACCGACGAGCCCGUCGCCGAGGAGAAGUUCGAUUGGAGUUUCAAUGACGCUGACCUGCCCGUGGACACAUGGAAGAUCAUGAUGUACUCGGAGAUACUCGACUACCACAACGUUGACGCGUCAGCACAACAAAUGGAAGAACAGUUCAAUGGACAAUAGACAGAGGAGCUAGGGGCGUAGCGAGGAUAAAUAGGAGGAGGGGAGGCUAUGAUACCACGCAAAACCAGACGGGACGUGUCUCCAGUACAUUGACCCUUGACAUGGUGUUCGGAAGACAGGAUCGGUUAUUGUAACGUUGACUAUGCAAAGGGCCAACAGUAUACGCGAUAUAAAGGAAUGGCAUGCAUAUCGGGGGUGUUAUUCACUUUUUCUUUUUUGGCAUUCUGCUUCAACAAAUUUUUCUUCUUUUCUCUGGUUCUCUGGGUCUUCGGUUAUGUUGGAUCUGGUUUCAAGCCCAUGCCAUAAGGGUGGUGACGAAGUCGAGAGUGGACGUCAAGGCCCCCUUUCUUGAGGAACUGCCCACCAGGUACGACUACGUAAAAGGCGUGCCUGAGGUUGUGCGCAUUUACUACAAACUGAUGACAUCGAGAGGAGAGCAUCGGUUCUGGAUGAUUGGUGGAAGACACGGCACCCGAGAAGAGCGAGUAAAUAAACAAAGGAUUAAAAAAAAAGGUCCAGGAAUAGAAACCCGU